GUCCGAUACAAGGAGCAAGGAGGUCGCUACUUUCUUGUGAGAUUUCGCUGAAAUUACAAUGAUAGAUCGAGUUCCAAGAUUCCAAACCUUGCUACAGGAUCUAAAUCAGCCUUAGAACACAGGACGGUUUGGAAACAAUCACCUGAAAUACUCAUACCCACUGCAGUAGAGGUUGGUUACUGCAGUGUGUUAAUCGAGUCCGAGCCCAACGAGCUGCAAAGUAUUCGACAGCUCACAUCAUAUCGUCCACGUCCUAGGGAUCUGGCUCAAUUCGUCACCCUGUUGCAUUUGCCUUGUGCUUUAUCGGGCUACCUCGGCACACGCUCCAUCAGAAAAUCGAGGCUAUUCGCGAAGCGGGCUUUGACGGUAUUGAGCUCUCUUUUCCCGGACUCCAAGCUUACGCAAGCCGGCAUUUUGGCCGCGACAUCGCCGAAGAUGAUUACAGCUCUUUGUGCGAGGCCGCGAAGGCAGUCCAUGACAUGUGCAUCGGGCACGGCUUGAAAAUCCUUGUCCUCCAGCCGUUUUCCAACUUUGAAGGCUGGCCAGAGGGAAGCCAGCAACGCCAAGCGGCUUUUGCGAGGGCAAAGGCAUGGAUCGACAUCAUGGAGGCCGCUGGCACCGACAUGUCGCAAGUUGGGUCAUCUGACUCAACGGACAUGUCCAAGGACAUGGACCAGAUUGCCGCAGAUCUUGGAUGUUUGGCCGAUAUGUUGGCAGCACGGGGGUUUCGACUUGCUUAUGAGAACUGGUGCUGGGCGACCUGCGUCCCGACCUGGAAGGACGUCUGGUCCACCAUAAAGAAAGCCAGCCGGCCAAACAUUGGCCUCUGCCUUAAUACCUUUCAAACGGCAGGAGGCGAAUGGGGAGAUCCGACCACGACCUCGGGAAGAAUCGAGGCUGAGGGAAUCACGGCGGUUGAUUUGGCAAGGACCUACACGGCCAGCCUCGAUGAGCUGUCAAGAACGGUGCCGGGCGACAAGAUCUACUUUUUGCAGAUCAGCGAUGCGUACCGUACGGACCCGCCUCUCGAUCCCGCACCAUCCUCGAGUUCUGGGCUCAGACUUCGGGGUCGAUGGAGUCACGAGCAUCGACCGCUCCCGUAUGUCCUACCCCUCUGUGUGCUCCAUGCUCUUGGCAGCCCAGUGGAGGAUGAUGAAGUAGGCACCGCUCAAAGUCCUAUCACUAUCCCGGACGAUAGCCCGGCCCGAGCCUCUGCAACUCAGCAAUCACCUCCGGUGUCGUUCGAGUCGAGUUUCCCGGCGACUCAGACUUUCGAUGUCGCAACGCAUCCUGCGGGACGGCCAACACCCGCACGACACCAAUUCAUCUUACCAGCUCCAGCACGAGGGGGGGCAUUGGAAAGGGCACCCCCCGCCCCCGGUGGUCGCCCGUUUUCACAAAUACCCCCGAGACAUGGCCAUCCUCCUUCCGGUUUUGUGUCUCACCAGCUAUCAGGCAGGCCGAAAGGCCGGGGCUACGACAUGGAUAGUAGACACAGCAGACCAGUUUGUCCUGGUGGGAAUGCCCAAAAACCACCCAACGCGCGAAGGUCAGGUUCAUAGUUGCGACCUCCAAUCCAC